UGUACAUCCACCCAAAGCAGCUAGCCAAAUGUCUAUGGCGAUUGCAUCGCAAUUGAGGCACAUAGCGAUGAAGAUCCUGUCGACGCCCGAGAUGGUAGAACAAGGGAAGGCAUUCCGCAUCUCAAAUCACUUGGAGAUGAUUCGGGACAACCUUUGGGCCAUCAAUUCCUUCCUCAUGGAUGGUGCUCUUCGCAUUCAAAAGGAGCCUGAUGUGGCAAAGUGGAUGCAGGAUGUGGGUGUGACCCUUGAGGAUGUGGACAGCCUACUGAAGAGGAUCUUGGACUGCUGGGAGCCGAAUGAUGAAAAUGAAGGAAAAAAGAAAAGGAAGAUGAGCAACUUCUUACAUGUCUCGAUCAACAACAACAUCCAAUCGACGAACAACUGUCGAUCAAUCCUACUAGAGCUCAAAGAGACAGCCUGCUUGUUGAAUUAUCUAGUUAAGAGGGGGACUACUUUGGGCCUCUGGGUGGAGAUGAUGGAUUCCAUGGAUCCAAGCCAUGAUGACUAUGCAACUAUUCUGAGUGAGGAGGUGAUAGGAAGGGAAGACGAAGACCAAAUCAUAGACCUCCUUCAACAACAACAAUGUGACGAAGAUGGAAAUGCACCCUUCAUCAUUGCCAUUGAUGGAAGUAAAUACUCUGGGAAGACAACCCUAGCUCGCAAAAUCUAUCAUCAUCCUUGGGUGCGCCAACAUUUCCAACAUCGAAUAUGGUUGGAUGCUUCAUCUUUUAGAGAUUUCAAUAGCAGCAUGAUCGCCAAAGAAAUUGCAAGAUUAUUGAGCCAGAAACCAUGUACGAACGUCGAUUGUUGGCCAUUUAUAAAUGAACAUCUUGGUGGAGAUAGAUACUUGCUCAUCUUCGAUGAUGUUUAUGUUAGUGAUGUUUUGAAAUACAAAUGGGAGGAACUUAUGUUGAAUCUCCUUCAUUGUGGUGCACCGGGAAGCAAAGUUAUCCUUGCUGGGUAUACUUUUUAUGAAUACAUAAGAGAAUUCAACAUCAAGGAAUACAAAUUAAAGCAACUGCCUAAAGAUGCAUGGGUAAGAAUAUUAUUAAGGUAUGCAAUAUCUGUCCGUCCAAUCAAAGGUAAUAACAAUAUUCACAAAGAGAAGGCUUCUCCAGCUGUUACUGAUAUACUAAUUCCACUUGCUAAGAAAUUUAUACAAGAUUAUGAUAGUGGUUAUUGUCUAGGAGCAAAGUGUAUGGGCCUCAUGUUUAGGUGGAGAGACAAGAGUCAGUGGGGAGAACUAGCUAAUCAGUGGUUCAACAUUGAGCAUCUACGCAAGUAUUUUUUGUGGGUGCACCGACAGUAUUGGUCAAUUGAGGAUACACGAAGUUCUCUUUACAAGUUAUUGUUUGAAGGAUCUGAAGAUGACAGCUACGAUGAAGAUGUGCUCUAUAUGUUGAUUGCUGAGGGCACUCUAACAAAUACAAGGCUAAAGAGGAAUCUUCAAAUCAUGUCAUUUGAGUUCGAUUUAGAUCAAUGCUUUUUCAGAAUGAAGGUUGGUGAAGAUUCAAGUAUACCACCUCAGUGUCGCCAUCUGCAUUUGCUUAUCAAUUCUAAAAAUAUUUUAAAAUCUAAAAAGGCCAUUGAAGUGGCGGGGGUAGCCAACAAGCUGAGAACUUUGAUUUUGCAUAGAAAAGAGAAAAAAGGACAUAUUUAUCAGAUAGAGACAAAGAAGCUUGAAGGUUUGUUUUUGAAUCUCACUUGUUUAUGUACGUUACAUAUGAGAGCUAUCAUGAUUCAAGACCUCCCUAGUACAGUUAGCACAUUGCAUUGCUUGAGAUACCUCAACCUUGCGGAGAACAAGAUAGAAACACUACCUGAAUCCCUCUGCAACCUCAGUAAUUUGUGUGCUCUAAUUUUAUCACUUUGCAAAGAGCUUAAGGAGCUUCCAAGACAAAUCCACAAGCUUAGAAAAUUGCAAAUUUUGAAACUGUCAUGCUGCCUGAGGAUUCAGAAGUUGCCGGAGUCAAUCACUCGCCUCGUGAAUUUGAAAGAAUUAGAUGUUGGAGGUUGUUGUUGGCUUUCGAAGUUGCCUGAUGAUUUGAGCAACUUGAAGAACUUAAUGCAGCUUAAUAUGCAUGGAUGUGCAUCAUUGACUAGAAUGCCCAGUGGAAUUAGGCAAUUAACAAACUUAGAAGUGCUAUUGGGAUAUGAUGCUAUGGAUGGUCUUGGAAAUGUCAUGUUGUCAGAGUUGCAAGCUCUUACAAAUCUUGAAUCCCUGCAUAUACAACACCUUGAAAGAUUAAUAUCAGCAACAGAAGAAGAAAAGGAUAUUACUGAACUCACUAUUUUACAAGAGAAUCAACAUCUAAAUGAGUUGAUGUUGCAUUGGGAAUGGUGGAAUGAUAUGGUUGCUGAAGAAACUUUCGAGCCCACACUGCAGCUGACCCAAGGCUUCCACCGUAACCUAGAAGAGUUGAAGGUAUUGCGGAUCAUUUCAUACAUGAGCAUAAAACUCCCAAGUUGGUUGAUCAGGGACAGAGAUUCUGUUCUGAAUAAACUGACUAUAGUUCAUCUAGUUAAUCUCAGGAGAUGUGAGAGACUACCAGCACUUGGACUGCUACCUAAGCUUGAGGAGAUUGUCAUAAGUGGUUUUGAUUUAGUGAGGGUGAUAGAUGAUGACUUCUACGGGAAGGAUAGGGAAGUUCCAUUUUAUGGAUUGAAGAGACUCACGUUCUCUGAAAUGCCUAUGCUAGAGAAGUGGGACCUACCUAUAUAUUUUAAAAGGAGACUUCGAUGGAUCAAAGCAAAUGCUAAGAUCGAGGCCUUGGCUAAGGCCGAUGACAAGGGCUUGCUCAAUGCCAUGGUCCGAGUCAAGGCCGAGGCUUGGGCCGAGGCUUGGGCCGAGGCCAAGGCCCGGGCUUGGGCUGAGGCCAAGGCCCGGGCUUGGGUCGAGGCUCGGAUUGAGACCGAAGCCAAGGCUUGGGACCGGGCAUGGGACCGGGCCUGGGACUGGGCCCAGACCCAUGCCUGGCAGCAAGCCUGGGGCCGGGCCCGAGCCUGGGACAGGGCCCAGGCCUUGGCCAGGGCCCGAGCCUCGGCCAGGGCCCGAGCUAAGGACCGGGGCGAGACCUGGGCCCAGAUCCGGGACUGGGCCGAGGCUAAGGCCCCGAGCAAAGCCUGGAACCAGGCCUAUGUCCCGCCCCAUCUCCGGGCUGAAUUCCGAGCUCGGGCCGAGUCCAAAGCCGAGGCCUGGGCCCGGGCCGAGGCAGAGGCCAAGGUCCGAGCCGAGGUCAAGGCCCAGGUCAGGGCCAAGGAAUGGGCCUGGACCCGAGUCCUAGCCUACUCGGCCUCGACCCGAGCCAAGGCAAAGGUCGGGGAUGAUUAUUUUGUCAGGCCUGCCAAGGUCGAGACCAAUUAUUUUACCAGUCUGAUUGAGGCCGAGGCCAAAGCCAAUUAUUUUGCUAGAUGGAUCGAGGCUGAUUAUUUUGUCAAACUUGUUGAAUUGACUCUAAUUCAAUGCCCAAAGCUCAGGGAAUUCCAUCUGUCAUUUCCAACAUCUUCCAAAUUGAAAUUGAAACUCUGGUUGAGCAAUGAGAUGUUAAUGCCUACUUUUAAAUUCAAUGAUUGGUCGGAGUUUUGGAGAAUCUGUAGGUUACAAUUAUUUGGGUGCCAAGAACUAAGGAGUCUACCAGAUGGUUUAAAGAAGAUUACCGACCUUGAGGAAUUGGCAAUAAUAAAUUGUAACAAAUUGGAAGCCUUGCCAAUUUGGCUCGAACAGUCAAGUUUGAACUCUUUGUGCGUAUCUGGUUGCUCCGCGCUAUCAUUUAUUCCAGAGGGAUUGAAAGUCAAGGGGCGACUGAGAAAUCUGAUUGUGGAAGCUUGUUCCAAACUUCAGAACCUGAAGCACCUAACGGAUGAAUGGAAUCCUUUUUAACAAGGAACAAUAGUCAUGCUGUGACUUCUCUGACUUGUUGCAUAAUUAGAAGGUCAUCUCAGCACGUAAACUUUGAUGUUGUCUAUGCUACAUCUUCUAACUUGGAUGCUUAUUUGCACUAGUUAUGCAUCCCAUGGUUUCUUUUAAGGAAAAAAAAACAGAUAAUUGUUGCGCUCAUCAUAAUGUCCACCGAGGACAUAAAGCAUCAGAGUUCUGCACCUACGUUCGAAGAGUUAUAUGGUUUCUUGAGUUGCAUUGUUAGUUGCAUUUAAAUAAGCGAUGGAAUGGCUUUAGUGAAGCUUGGUUUGUUCUACUUCCUAUGAUAUUCUAAGUUCUUUUCUUGUAUUUAUUUUUAGAAAUUCAUAAAGAUGAACCUUAU